CUUCACUUUGCGACCGCCAUACCCCGCCCGUGCCGCCGCCGCCGCCACUCCGUGGAUCGCCUCGCACACACGAAGCAUCCAAAGUGACUUUGAUACGUAUAUUGACUAUAUGUUAACUGUGCAGCAUCACGAAACUCCGUCCGCAGCAGCACCAGCCUCUGCGCCGCUGGGAUUUCUCAUCCGCCUGCCGACAGCCGCGCCAGCUUCCGUGACGCCGUCGGUCGCGGGGUUGGCACAUUCGAAGCCCCUCCUCGCGCCAGUCCCUCACUCGAGUGCACCGACCCCUCCACAAGCACCUCCCGUCAACUAUUCGAGCGACAACAAUUCAUCCGAUGCGGACGACUGCAGUUCGCCGUCGUCUCGCUUUGGUGGCGACAAACGCGACUCGAAGCGGUCGACCAAGUCCAAGUGUCCGCCUGGGCUGCGCAGUGGCAAGUGGACCCCUGAGGAAGAGGCGUUCACGAACAAGAUGAUCCACUUUUUCCGACUCGGACUGCUAGACAUUGAAGACGGCACGUCAUUGCGGUGGUAUCUGUCCAAGAAGCUCAAUUGUGAAGCCAUGCGCGUGACGAAGAAGCUCAAAGGAAACAGUUCGAUCGGGAAGCAGAUCUUUCGCGCACUCGAGAGCACCGCGGAGACGGCCAAGUCGAUCCAAAAAGCUGCCAUGGAGCUGCAGGUCCUCGAAGAUGAGUUUUUCACAUCGCUCGCCAUCAAGCCAGCCAUAGCACCGAAGACGCCGAUUCCAUCAUCUGGUCGACAGAGAGGAAGCUCGUCCGCCGACACAAAGUCGUCUGCCCAUCACAGAACGUCGAGGUCUGUGCCAGACCACAGUGACGAGGCCGAGCUUCUCCUGCACUUUUGCCUCACAGCCCAUCGCGGCGAGAAGCGGAAGCGCGUGGACGAGUCGGUCGUGUUCCUGGUCGACUCGUUUCAAUAGCCCAGACGCACCAGCACAGCAGAUAGCUCUUAGUAACAUAAACCCACCGUCCCCAUUUCAACCUCCUCC